ACGAAAAUGGAAUGGCCGCCUCAUUCGAUUCCUUGUUACUGAAAUGCAGUUGUCUCUCUCACAUCAAGCAGCUCCAAGCCCACCUCCUGAUCACCGGCCAGUUCCAGUUUUGCCCCUCCCGCACCACCAAGCUUCUCGACCUCUGCGCCGUCUCUUCCGCCGGCGACCUUUCUUAUGCGGCUUCCAUCUUCCGGCGACUUCUAACUCCUUCCACCAAUGACUGGAACGCCAUGGUUCGUGGGCUUGCUCAGAGCCCCGAGCCCACCAAGGCCAUCUCAUGGUUCAAGUCCAUGUGUGGUGGGCCGCAGAAGGUGGACGCCCUCUCUUGUUCCUUCGCUUUGAAAGCGUGUGCGCGCGCAUUGGCGCGGACCGAGGCAAAGCAAAUUCAUUCUCGGAUAACGCGGUCUGGGUUCGGACCCGACGUACUGUUGCAGACCACUCUGCUCGACGUGUACGCGAAAGUUGGCGAUCUUGAUUGUGCGGAGAAAGUGUUUGAUGAAAUGGGUAGGAGAGAUAUCGCUGCUUGGAACGCCUUGAUUGCUGGGUUGGCUCAGGGUAGUCGACCCACUGAGGCUAUAGCUUUGUUCAAGAGGAUGAAAGAGGAAGAGGGUCUGAGACCUAAUGAAGUAACCGUUCUUGGUGCUCUUUCGGCAUGUUCGCAGCUGGGUGCUUUGAAAGAAGGUGAAAAGAUUCACAGUUACAUAACGGAUGAACACCUAGACAUGAAUACAAUAGUUUGCAAUGCGGUUAUUGAUAUGUAUGGAAAGUGUGGGUUUGUGGAUAAAGCACAUUCGGUUUUUGAUAAUAUGAAAUGUAGAAAGUGUCUUGUGACAUGGAAUACAAUGAUCGUGGUAUUUGCUAUGCAUGGUGAAGCAUCUAAAGCUCUUGAGCUUUUUGAUCAAAUGACCAAAGCUGGGGUGAACCCUGAUGCGGUAUCCUAUCUUGGUGCCCUGUGUGCUUGCAAUCAUGCAGGACUAGUGGAAGAUGGUGUUAGGCUGUUUGAUUCAAUGAGGGAUUGUGGGCUGGUACCUAAUGUGAAGCAUUAUGGGAGUGUAGUUGAUUUGUUAGGUCGGGCCGGGAGGCUAAAAGAGGCAUAUGAGAUUAUAAACUCUAUGCCUAUGUUCCCUGAUGUGGUGCUUUGGCAGAGUUUGCUUGGGGCUUGCAAGACUUAUGGGAAUGUGGAAAUGGCGGAAUUGGCAUCAAGGAAACUUGUAGAGAUGGGGUCUAAUCAUUGUGGAGAUUUCGUGCUGUUAUCAAAUGUUUAUGCAUCUUAUGAGAGAUGGGAUGAUGUAGGGAGGGUGAGGGAAGCCAUGAGGAAAAGGGAUGUGAAGAAGAUCCCGGGAUUUAGCUACAUUGAAGUGGACGGCGUUAUACACAAGUUUAUAAAUGGAGAUCAAAACCAUGUGGAAUGGCGGCAGAUUUAUGCAAAGCUAGAUGAGAUUAAGUUCAAGAUGAAAGCCUAUGGAUACGUGGCCAAGACAAGUAUCGUGUUGCAUGAUAUAGGAGAAGAGGACAAAGAAAAUGUUUUGUACUAUCACAGCGAGAAGUUAGCUGUGGCAUUCGGUUUGAUUAGCACAAGUGAGGGUACCCCAAUUCAAGUGAUCAAGAACCUUAGGAUUUGUGGGGAUUGUCAUGUUGUAAUCAAACUGAUAUCGAAGAUUUAUAACCGGGAAAUUGUUGUGAGGGAUCGAGCUCGAUUUCACAGAUUUAAACAAGGUUUUUGUUCUUGCGGAGAUUAUUGGUGAUACAAUUAUUCUUUUUGAAGAGGUGUAGGUACAAUUUUUCCCUUUUGAAAACAAAAUUUGAACCUUCAUUGAGAGGGGAAAAAAUAAAAUAAAAAUGAUUUUAAAAAAAAGGAACCGAAGGAUUUUUUCUUC